AUGAAACCAAACUCUGUUUUUGUUAUCGGCUACCUAUUCCUUUUCUUCUUUGUUUCAUGUGCCGCUCCGUAUCCUCAUAGAAUAAACCGCGCGUACGAUGAUUUUGCGGUUGCCGUGUUUGAAGGACAUGAAAGAAAAGGAUUUACCGUAAACGGACUAGUCAUAAUUUAUAGCCAAGGAAAGAAAACUAUUGCUCACGGACAAUGGAAUACUGGCUUCGAAAAUAGCAGUUGGAAAGAUUACGAAAUCCUCAUUAUGCCACACAACCAUGAACAAACGUUCGACCUAACACCUCAUAUUUCAGCAAUUGAAAUUGGUCAAAUUACGCGUUGGAAACUAGAGGUUUCUGAAACCCCGGUUAGUUAUUUAAAAUACCAAAGUAUAAUUGUCAAGUACAAAAAGACAAAGAUAGGUUCGGCACUUAUCCACGGCUGA